AUGCAGGACACGGCGGCGAGGGAGCGCAACAGCGCCGCGGUGCAGCGGCUCUUUGCGCGGGAGCGUGGGUCACCGCUGACGCCGUGGAAGUGUCCCGUCGUGCGCUGCGCCGACGGGACAUUGUCGCCGGGGAUGCACCUGAGCAACCAGUGCCAGCUCGCGCACGAAGUGGGGUGCGGGUGUCCCGCCGCCACGGCAGCGGCGGCAGCGGCGGCAACUUCCUCCCCGCACAGCCGCGCAGUUGACUACGGCAACCCCCUCUGCUCCUGCUACUCCCUGAAACGCAGGAUCGCCCGUCACGAGUGGGCGACAAGCAGGACGGAACGGGGGAAACUGCAGGGCGGCUCGCUGAAUCCCCAGAAAAGCGCGAGGGAGCAGCGGGCCGCGAUAGACCACGAGCAGGCGAUACUCCGCUACGAGUUGUCCAUUCCGCGCCGGCGCGUUGCGGGUCAUCUCUUGCACCUCACCGCGGCGCAGCUGGACCUUAGCCAGUCGAUGCCCGGCGCCCACACCAUGGACCGCCUUGUGGAGCGCAAGAAGGGGUGCUGGGUGCUGCAAAACCCCUACCGACAGCAGCUGCUUCGCGGAGAGCCGGUCAUGACUCGGAUCAUGCACGGGGAGUUCUACGAGCCCCAGCGCAGUGAGCGAAGGGUAACUAAUUUCCCACAAGCUAACAAGCGCCACGUCUGGGCGGCGAGCAGCAUAAAUCACGCCUUGCACUCCAGCAAGAAGGCAAAAUGA